AUGACGGUCUUUAUUUCAGAGAAGAAGAAGGAUCAUCCAAAGCCGGAUCAUCCAAAGCCAGCCCCGAAGGCGAAGGAACCAGAAGCUGACGACGGCGCUGAAGACGGCGUUGUUGUCGAGAAAGCGAAGGACCCAUUUGCAGAAAUGCCAAAGGGAACAUUCGUGAUGGAUUCUUUCAAACGGGUGUAUUCAAACGAGGACACUGCAACGAAAGCGAUCCCCUACUUCUGGGAUAACUUUGACGCCGAAGCGAAUUCCAUCUGGUUCUGUGAAUACAAGUACCCAACGGAGCUUACGCUUACCUUCAUGAGCUGCAAUCUCAUUUCUGGUAGGUAUGUUCCAACGGCUGGAGAAGCUCAAAAGAACGCUUUUGCCUCGAUGAUCCUUUUCGGAACUGACAAUAAUUCCACCAUUAGCGGUAUCUGGGUAUGGAGAGGUCAAGAGCUCGCUUUCCCACUAUCGCCUGAUUGGCAGGUGGAUUACGAAUCUUACACGUGGACCAAACUUGACCCCAAAGAUGAGAAAACAAAGAAGAUGGUGAACGAAUACCUAAUGUGGGAGGGCGACUUUGACGGAAAGAAGUUUAAUCAAGGAAAGAUUUUCAAAUAG